GAGGUGAAAGUAAUGGAGCCCAGUCAGAGUUAGUUCUUGCCGAGAUGCUGUGGGCAGUGUUUGGACAGAUUGGGGUGGCACUCUAGCUGUAUCUAGCUGUAGACCCGAACUUGUGUUUCCCGAUUUUAGUAGCGGCAGCUACUCCUGUCUGUGAGCUGCAUAGUGAACUUGAAUGGGUGACUUUCUCCUGUUGGUGUUCGACCUCUGGAUGGAAGAGCAAAAAUGAUUGCCAGAAUGACAGUAACUGAAUUGUUCAACUCUGAAUACCAUCACCAUUUUGAUAGUGGUCAUGUGAGGGUAUCUCCCAACAUUGUUGUUCCUUCAUGUAGAAAAAAGCAGACAGAGGAUUAGAUCUGUAACUGCUAUAUGCUAUUUUUUGUCUUUCAAAGUGCAGGCAAGGAUAAUACGUAGGGUUCUGACUGUUAGGGAAGAAGUGUGUGUAUGGGGUAAACCAGGGUUAUGUUUUCUCACUACCCUGAGAACCUUCGUGUAAUUUUCAUUAAAUCUGCAUAUAUGCUAUAUGUUAUGGUUACAAACCUGAUUACUAAAAUAUAAAACAACCAUGUAAUGUAACAAAAGCAUGUAGAAUGCUCUCAUUUUAUAAAUUUUGAGACAGGCAAGACAAGGACUUGUUUUGCUACCAGAGAGAGACAGUGACCAGCUUACAAGUCAAGUUGACUAGGGAGAGAGGAGCGAGGAGUGAUGAUUAUAGAGGAAAACAUUUAAGUCCAAGCACAACUGAUCACAUCUUUGCAGUGAAACUGUUGAGAAAUCCUCCUAGAAAUCUGGAGUAGUUGUGACGAGAUAGUUGUUUCAGACCGCUGGAUCAGGUAGUACUUUCCUCUGCUUGAGAGGGAAAGUGUUUAAUUGACAGCACUGAUACUAAGUAAUUAAUACCAGGAUGCUUUUGCCACCUUGCAUUCUGUUGGUCUAUGUAUUGUGUAAUGUGGUGCUAUUGAGUUUGAGCUCCAAACUGCAAGCUAGUCAUGAUGAAUAUCUGUUGCCAUCAUAAUAAAGGAAGGCAUCUCAAAAUUUUGUAGUGUUGGACUUGGAACCCUUCUAGUUUAUAUGCACUAUUUAAAGUGGAAGGCAAAGUCUAAAUACUAAUCAAGACUGGAAAAGAUGGUAAGAAUUUGUGAAGAGAUUGCUUUUGUUCUUUUGUCUUAAAGCGUUUUCCAAACUGUCAUGUCUUGAAGAAAUGAGGGUGAAUUUUGAUAGGAUUAAAAAUCAACAAUAUAAUGUAUAAUACUGGACAUAUAACAGAGGCCAGCUGUAAGGGGCAAGAAUCCCUAUGUCAACAAGGCAGUAACAUAGCCAUGAUGAGGGUUUAAAAUACCUGUCUUCUUUUCAGCCAUUUAAAGUUUUGGCAACUGAAACUAUAAAUGGAAAGGCAUUAGAGGCAGAUAUAUACAACGCAAUUCCGACUGAAAAGGUGGAUGGAACCUGCUGUUAUGUAACUACUUAUAAAGGGCAACCAUAUCUAUGGGCCAGGCUGGAUCAAAAACCUAACAAACAAGCUGAGAAAAGGUUUAAACGAUACUUGUAUUCAUUGGAAGAUUGCAAAGAAUUUGUUUGGAAUGUUAAAGAGGAUUUCAAGCCUGUGCCAGAUACCUGGAUUCCAGCAAAGGACAUAGAGUUCUCUAAUGGCAAUCCUUUGCCUGAUGAAAAUGGACAUAUGCCAGGUUGGGUGCCUGUGGAGAAAAAUAGUAAGCAGUAUUGCUGGCACUCAUCUGUUGUAAAUUAUGAGGCUGAAAUAGCACUGGUAUUGAAACACCAUGCUGACCCAGGGCUUCUGGAAAUCAGUCCAGUGCCAUUAUCAGAAAUUUUGGAACAAACAUUGGAGCUCAUUGGGACUAAUAUUAAUGCAAAUCCAUAUGGAUUAGGAAGCAAGAAGCAGCCUCUACACCUUCUUGUACCACAUGGAGCAUUUGAGAUAAAGAAUCCUCCUACUCUGAAACAAAAUGACAUAUUGUCUUGGUUUGAAGGCUGCAGUGAGGGUAAAGUUGAAGGAAUUGUGUGGCACUGCCAUAAUGGGUGUUUAAUCAAGCUCCAUCGGCAUCAUCUUGGUUUACGCUGGCCACUUCCAGAUACAUACCUGAAUUCUCAGCCUGUUGUAAUUUCUUUUAAUAGAACUAAAUAUGACUGUGACUUUGAACCAAGAAGUUUGUUUCACUAUUUUUCAAACUUGGAUGGUCAAAGAUUUGAUAGACUCAAAGAUAUAAAGUUUGAUGCUUGAACUGAUUUUUCUCUUUUAAUUGUUGCA